UAAAAUUCCCCUGGAGUACCUAUCGUUUUCUUCAUCAAUCAGUUUAAAAAAAAAAAAAAUGAUAAACUACUGCACUUAAUUGAAAAUUAAAUCCAAACUUCCAAUCUCUCUUUUAUAUGCAUCUCUCUCUCGUAGUUCCUCGUUCCCUUCUCCUUUGGGUUUGCAUUUGUAUUUAUGCUAAUAUUUCUCAUUUCCCCCUCCUUUAUUGACCUUUCUAUUUCUUUAAAUAUAAUAAAUAAAUUAGUAGUUUCUUUCUGGUUGGUGAGUUUGCGUAGAAGAGUGUGAAGUACAAAAAAUAUGGGGCUAAUUAACAAAAGGAGGAGUUGAGAUUCAAAUGCUAUAGGUUUCCGGUUCAAAUGCACGGAUCUGUCGGUGGUAAAGUCGUUUUGUUUUUCUUUCAAUUUUUAAAGAGUCUGAUGGCCUCCAGCUUGAACAAGUUAGUACAUUAGUACACAGGAAGCUUGUUAUCAAAUGUUUUGUUGCCUGAUAACUAUUCCUAGAUUGAAAAGAUCUUUUAUGGGGUGAGAAGUAGGGGUGAAUAUGGUUUUGCAUUUCAAAUACUUAAGGACAUGGAGGAGACACAAGAUGAUGCAGGGCCUUCUAAUGCAACAUGGUGGCCUUCAGAUUUUAUUGAAAAAUUUGGUUCUGUUUCUUUGGGUUCUCAUGAAGAGAGCUUAAGUAAUAGAGAAUCACCUAGAAAUUUUAAGCAAGAUGGGUUGUCAUCUCAGACAGCAUCACAGAUUUUGUGGAGCACUGGAAUGCUUUCUGAGCCAAUUCCAAAUGGUUUCUAUUCUGUCAUUCCGAAUAAAAGGCUUAAGGGUUUGUUUGAUACUCUUCCUACAUUGGAAGAGCUUUAUGCUUUGGGUGGAGAAGGUUAUAGAGCUGACAUCAUUCUUGUGGAUGCUGAGAAAGAUAAAAAACUAUCUAUGCUGAAGCAGUUGAUUAUGGCACUGGUUAAAGGAUUGAACUCAAAUCCAGCUGCAAUGAUUAAAAAAAUUGCCGGAUUGGUUUCUGAUUUUUAUAAACGCCCAACUGCUGAAAGUCCAGCAAAAGCUGCACUUGAAGAAACCUCCCACAUGUUUGAGAAUCGAAGUGCCCAGAUGCUGGGGCAAAUAAAGCAUGGUUCAUGUCGUCCUCGAGCAAUUUUGUUUAAAGUCUUAGCAGAUACUGCAGGGCUUGAAAGUAGGCUCAUGGUGGGUUUGCCAAAUGAUGGGGCUGUUGAGUGUGCAGAUUCAUAUAAGCAUAUGUCUGUGAUUGUUGUGUUAAAUUCUGUGGCGCUACUGGUUGAUCUUAUGCGGUUUCCGGGCCAAUUGAUACCGUGUUCGACAAAGGCUAUUUUUAUGACUCAUAUUUCAGCAGCAGGGGAGAGUGAUUCUGCUGAAAAUGACUCCUGUGAUUCACCAUUGGAGCCAAAUAGUCCUCUCUAUGGAUUUUCUGAGAGAGUUGAUCCUGAGAGUGCUGAAAAAGAUGAGAACCUUCAGUUCCAUCGAAAAUUAGAUGGGUCUGGUGCUUCAUUACGGAAUAUGAUGCUACGAUCUUCCGCCUCUGUUGAUGGGAAGUUAAGUCUGUCACAUAGUGAACCCAACAUCACUACUGCUUUCUGGCGACGUAGCCGAAGAAAGGUUAUUGCUGAACAGCGGACUGCCAGUUCUAGUCCAGAGCAUCCAUCUUUCCGAGCACGUGCAAGGUCCAUGCUGAGUGGUGAUAGAAAUUCACUUAGAGAUUAUGCUGAUGAUGUUGCAACAACAAGUUACAGAUCAGAUGGUGCAUCAACAUCAGAAGCUCGUAGAAUAAGAAGAAGAAGCAUUAGCAUGACUCCAGAGAUUGGUGAUGAUAUCGUAAGGGCUGUCAGAGCUAUGAAUGAAACAUUGAAGCAAAAUCGUCUUUUGCAAGAGCAUGGGGAAGAUAGAUCUUUUGCCCAUUCUUCAACUGAUAGGAAUGAGAGUCCAGAUCUUCAGAAAAAUGUAUCAAAUUUCCGUCUUGAUGGCCACGCUAAAAUUGCUGACAGGAGGUCUGCAUUGUAUAAUCUUUCCAGGGACCAAAUAAAUUCUCAAAAGGCAGUUUCAUUGCCAUCAUCUCCACAUGACUAUAGGAGCCAAACCUCAGAGAGAACUGGAGCUUCAGGCUAUUUAGCAAAUGAUGAAAUGGUUGCAACAUGGAAUAAAAUUCUUGAAUCUCCAAUGUUCAACAAUAACCCUUUAUUGCCUUAUCCUGAAUGGAAUAUUGAUUUUUCUGAAUUAACCGUUGGAACUCGUGUUGGGAUAGGGUUUUUUGGAGAAGUUUUCCAAGGUGUGUGGAAUGGAACAGAUGUUGCAAUCAAGGUGUUUUUGGAGCAAGAUCUUACUGCAGAAAACAUGGAAGACUUCUGCAAUGAGAUAUCCAUUCUUAGCCGCCUUCGACAUCCCAAUGUUAUCUUGUUUUUAGGUGCAUGCACAAAGCCACCACGGUUGUCAAUGGUUACUGAAUACAUGGAGAUGGGAUCUUUGUACUUUUUAAUCCAUUUGAGUGGUCAGAAAAAGAGAUUGAGCUGGCGGAAGAGACUGAAAAUGUUGCAUGAUAUCUGCAGGGGGUUGAUGUGUAUACACCGGAUGAAAAUAGUUCAUCGUGACCUAAAAAGUGCAAAUUGCCUUGUGAAUAAACACUGGAAUGUGAAGAUAUGUGAUUUUGGGCUUUCGAGAAUAAUGAACAGUCGACCAAUGAGAGAUUCUGCAUCUGCAGGAACACCCGAAUGGAUGGGUCCUGAACUCAUUUGCGGUGAACCUUUCACAGAAAAAUGUGAUAUUUUUAGCCUCGGGGUGAUAAUGUGGGAGCUCUAUACACUAAAUAGACCAUGGGAAGGUGUACCACCAGAAAGGGUAGUUUAUGCUGUUGCAAAUGAAGGAUCACGGUUGGAGAUUCCUGAAGGUCCCAUAGGGAGGCUAAUUUCAGAUUGUUGGGCAGAACCAGAAGAGCGGCCAAGUUGUGAGGAGAUACUUUCUCGCUUGCUCGAUUGCGAGUACUCUCUAUGCUGAUACAUUCUGUUUGUAUAGAAAAACCUGGUUGAUGUUUUAGCGCUGUGUUGUCGGCUUUUACAGUUGUAUAAUUUAAUAACUUUUUUUUUUUAAUUUUAAUUUUAAUUGAAGCCCCCUUUCCAGUUUUCAAUGGCAAAACAUCUUUUUUUAUCGUUUUGUUGAAUAACGUCUGGUCUUCUCGUCCAUGACCCACAAAAAUGAAAAGCCUUGAACUUGUAAAAUAUAUUCUCCUGCAGCACGCAGCUCGUCUUGAUAUAAAUUUGGCACUCUGCAGAGGAAAGAGGGAGGACAGGGUUCUAGCAGAUCAAUAACAUAGAUAAAAAGGAUACUUCUUCCCGUGACCGAGUGUUAUUACUUCUACGAUCUUUAAGAAAAAAAUUUUCAUUUUAAUGUAUUUAAUUUGAAAUAUUUUUAUUGAUUCAACAGUUAACACGAUUGAUUUAGUGAUCAAACUAUUCCGAUGA